UUAUCUCUGGUUUGAAAUGAAACCUGGGAGUUUUUGAGUUCCUUAACUCAGUAGUUAAUACUCAUUACUCAUCAGUUAACAGUUGAUGUUGUAUUAAAAAGUCGGAUAAUUUUAAAAACCAAUGUAGUUGUGAAUUAAUUAACUGUUAGUCUUUGAAGACGUGUGUCCAAUGUUCUGAUGUCUUCCUAAAAGUUAAUUUUUUCAUUACCUAUAUAGGAAUAUUUAUAUGUUUGUUUGUCAACUCAUAACAGUUUUGAUGGAAUGGGGUCACGGAUAAGGAAUGAUGUUGUUCGAUUAUUUGAGUGUUUCUGUGAAGUAGCUGGCCCUAGUAAGGAAAACACUGAACCAUGGAUUCUCCAAAAGUUUCCAGAACACUAUAGAAAAGAUGAACUGCUCGAUACUGUACCUAAUUUUGCAUAUCCUUGUGAAUUUGACAGAACCAUGAUUCAGCACUAUUCAUUUGUACUGACCAAUGCUGAAUCAAAGUGGAUUUUUGGGUUUUGUAGACAUGAUCCUAAAUCUGAGACUGCAUUAGUUGUUCUCAGUUAUCUUCCUUGGCAUGAAUCAUUUUAUAAAUUAUUAAAUUGUAUAUCUAAUCUCACAAAUAGUAACAAUUCUAAAGAUUUAUGGUCAUUUUUGGAAUCUGUUUAUAAUAGUAAAUUACCAAUAAAAGGACUUGAUUUAAAAAUAAAUAGUGAUAGUGGUGAAGAGUUAUUUGUUUGUCAAUCGCCAAUUCAAUUCCAGUUACCAAGCAUUCCAGAAAAUAGAAAUUUAACAGAAUAUUAUAGUGCAGUUGAUUGCCAAAAUAUGAUUAUUAUAUUUGCUUCCAUGUUAUUUGAACGUCGUAUUAUUUUUACUUCUAAAAAACUAUACAGAUUGAGUGCCUGUGUUCAAUCUGCUAAUGCAGUUUUAUAUCCAAUGAAUUGGCAACAUAUAUUUAUACCAGUAUUGCCUCAGUCACUUAUUGAUUACUUAUUAGCACCAAUGCCAUACUUGAUUGGUUUACCUCACUCAUUAUUCCAAAAUUUGCAGCGUAAUGAAUUGGGAGAAGUUGUUGUUUUAGAUGCAGAUAAUAAUACUAUAGAAACUCCGUUUGAUGACUUGGAAAAUCUUCCAACAGAUGUGGUAUCAACUUUAAGGCAACAAUUACGUAAAAAGGGUACACUUUUAGGAGAUGGUGUUUCAAGAGCAUUUUUACGUGCUUUAGUUAAGUUAAUUGGUGGCUAUAGAGAUGCAUUAAAAUUUCAUCAAGGAGAACGUAUAACGUUUAAUAAAGAAGCAUUUAUAGAGUCAAGAUCAUCAAAUAUGCAACCAUUUUUAAAAAAAAUGUUAGAACUACAGAUUUUUCAACAGUUUAUUGAGGAACGAUUAGAGAUGUUAAAUGCAGGACUUGGUUUUUCUGAUGAAUUUGAAAUGGAAGUAUGUAAUUAUCACGAGAAAUCUAGUAAUAAAUUAAAGCAUCAGUAUAAAGAUUGGACAUUCACAGUAAAACGUGAAGGAACUGCAUUAUUCAAAACUGUUAAGAAUGCGGCUAAUCCUACAGUAAGAAAUGCUGUAAAAACGGUUAAAGAACGAGGAAAAGAUUUUCGGUUGGCCUACAAAGACAUUCGAUCAAAAUUUAAUGUACCGAAUAAAAAUCCUAGAACCAAAAUUGGUAACCAGCCAAAUUCUGCACCAAACUCUCCUUCUAUGCAAAAGAGACUAUCAUGGUCACAUACAACAGCAUCUGCUAGUUAUCGUAAAGAAACUGCCAAUGGAUUACAAAAGUUAACUACAUCACAAAAUUUAAAAGAUGCCUCAAUUUCUCCACUACCACAAAUUAAUUUAAAUUUAAUGGAAGAUCUACAAGAUGUUAUAUUCAGAACUUGUGAUACUAAUGAUACACAUCAUUAUACAUCAUCCUGGGAUGAUUCAGUCAAAUCAAACUUCAUUAUCAAUGAUGAUUUAAACAAUUCAUCAUUUGGGUCUAUGCCAAACGAGUGUCCAAUGGAAACUAAAGAUCUGAUUCGACUAGAUUCAACAUCUAGUAUAGAAGAUUUUGAUCCUUUAAACAGUCCAACUAACAGUAAUGGUUUGAUUCCAGGAGUAGGUCUUAGUAAUCCUCUGUAUCAAUAUUUUGUCCCAUUAAAUAAAACUCAAUUAGAAACCAAAAAUAAUAAUGACCUUCUUAACGAGUAUGGAUUAAAUUUUGAUUUGUUAAGUUGUUCUGACCAACCAGGUCCAUCUAUGUCACCAAGUCAACCAACUGUACCACCAUUACCACCCAAACCAUCCAAUUUUAAAUCAAACUGGACGAAAUUUGAAUAAAACUACAAAUCAUACAAAUCAAGAUUUACUUUUAUAAUCCUUGUGAUAAAAAUCAUUUUAUUUUGCAAUUAUAUUACUUUUAAUUUAGUGGUUACCACUUUAUAAAUAUAUUAUAAUAUUGUCCAUGUUUACAUUUUAUUUAAUAUUUUUUUUUAUAUACUCAUAUAUUAUUGUUACACCAAAUAUUAACAAAUGGACCAGAUUGUUGUAUCUGAUUUAGAUUGUAUAACGGCUCAUAAAUGUAGUUGUAUAUUACAUGUUAUACAUGGUAAAAGAUUGUAUGUUUAUUUAUCGUUCAUUAUUUUUUUUGUUGAUUGAAAAUAAAAUAAAAUAAAUAAAAAUAUAUAUAACAUAAA